AACUGUACACUGUAACUUUACAAGCUCCGGAGAGGAGAAUAGUAGCGAUUUUGAUUCGAUUCGAUUCCAUUUGAUUGUUUUUUGUUUGUUAAUUUCAAAGUAAAAUUCAAGUUGGAAAUCAACUCUUUACCUUUAAAUUUCGCAGAGUUUUCUUCCCAAAAAUUUCUUCGAUCUUGUUUGUUCGCCGACUAUGGGAUUCAGAUUCCACAAUCUCAAUCCAAUUUACAGGAUUUGCUUGUCUAAGCUUUCUCCUAACACAAGCAAUAGUUAUCACCGGAAUUCCCUACUUCAAGCCAGCAAUUUCCUUCUUCUCCAAGACCCUAGCUUGAAUUCCAUUUACAACAUCCCCAGAAGGUGGCAUUUGGGCCAUUCCCACAACGGCGGCCAUGAAGACCGGCGCCGCGUUUCCGGCAAGGAGAGCGAGAAGAUAUUCCGGCUAGGUCUCGCGUCCGACGUCGUUUUGGCUGUCGGAAAGGCUCUCACUGGCUAUGUAUCCGGCAGCACUGCAAUCGUCGCCGAUGCCGCCCAUUCGGUCUCCGAUGUGGUUCUUAGUGGCAUCGCUUUGUUGUCAUUUAAAGUUGCAAACACUCCUAAAGACAAAGAACAUCCAUAUGGACAUGGUAAAUUUGAGACUUUGGGAGCCCUUGGAAUCUCUUGUAUGCUUUUGGCAACUGCUGGUGGCAUUGCGUGGCAUGCUUUUAAUUUGUUGCUCGGAUUGAUGUCAACAGAGCAGCAUCUAGUUGACCACUCUUUAAUACAAGAUCAAGGUCAUAGCCAUCGUGGUGGUGGACAUCACCAUGGAAUUGCCAUGGAGCAUCCUGUUCUGGCUUUGACUGUGACUAUUAUGUCAAUCUCCAUCAAAGAAGGGCUUUACUGGAUCACAAAGCGAGCAGGAGAAAGGCAAAAUAGCGGGCUGAUGAUAGCAAAUGCUUGGCAUCAUCGUGCAGAUGCCAUAUCCUCUGUGGUUGCUCUCAUUGGGGUUGGAGGAUCUAUUCUUGGAGUGAAGUUUCUCGAUCCCCUGGCUGGAGUUGUUGUAUCGGGCAUGAUCCUGAAAGCAGGGCUUGAAACUGGUUAUCAAAGCGUCAUGGAACUGGUGGAUGCUGCAAUCCCAUCGAAACAAUUGGAUCCUAUUAAAGAAGCAAUACUACAAGUUGAAGGUGUAAAGGCAUGCCAUCGCUUGAGGGGAAGACGGGCUGGUUCAUCUCUAUAUCUUGAUGUGCAUAUUGAGGUUGAUCCCUUUUGUAGUGUUAGUGCUGCACAUGAUAUUGGUGAAAGUGUCCGUCAUCAAAUUCACGAUUCCCAUCCUGAAGUGGCUGAAGUUUUCAUACACAUCGAUCCAGCAAUUUCGGAAAUUUCCCCCAGUGCAGUGGACCAGAAAGAAAGCUCCACAAGAAGCCAGUGCCAGUGCGAGAAAAGUUCUGUAAAAGACGGGGACAUUGAAGAAGCUGUUUCUAGCAUUAUCUCGUCGAAGUUUCCAGAGAGUAUGGUUGUCGAGCGCAUUACACGACACUCGUUGCAAGGAAAAGUUCUCCUCCAAAUUGAGGUUUCUAUGCCCUCAGACAUGUUGAUUCAGGAUGCAAUGGAUGUGGCAAAAACGGCAGAACAGGAGAUUUUGAAAGCAAAUCCAGAUAUUAUACAUGUCGGCAUUCAGCUUCGUUUGGGGAACCCAAUUCCGCAAUUUAACCACGACUAGCACCAAUGCAAAUAGUCGAGAUUCUUACUCUGUUUUUGUGACAUCAUUAUAUUCCCUCAUUUAAUUUACAACUAGUAUUUAAAGCAAAGAGUAGGAGAUUUUUCUCAAUAAGAUGUUGAUUGUAUACCAAGGACUGACUUCAGCUUGAGUAUAUCACUGUAUAAUAAGCAAAACCUCGAAUGAUCCAUGUGAAGAGAUACUUGCACAUUUUUGUUGCAAGUUUUUGUAACAUGAAUGAAAUGACGUUGUUUGUUUCCCUUUUUACCCUUUCUAAUAAAAUGGAGAUUAAUUUUUUCUGGGAAAA